AUGCUUCAAAUAACCCUGAAGUAUUUUCCGGAGUCCUCGUUUGAGCCUAAAGUUCACAUUCCCUUUUACGUUCCACCUGGUCAAUGUCCUAGGAAACUUGCAAUUGAGAGAAAACGGAGGGAAUUUGAGCGCUGUAGCAUUGAACACAUAUUAGAAGAAGAGUACAGUAUUAAGUCGAAGGAUCUCAUUCCAAAGCCAGACGAUGACUACCGUGACUUGCAUAAAGCCUGGGAUCGCUACCUUUUUCUUGAUAUUUUUGAUGAUGAGGAUUAUGAUUGCAGGACUCCAGCAGAUUGGCUAUCCUUGGGAAUUGAGGAGGAUAUGAGAAGUAAGGAUGUCAGCUGGUACUGGCAAAAAUGUGGUGUGCUCGACUAUGACGAGGUCACUCGACGUUGGCUGGUCCAGAAGACUGAUGCGAGCGAUCGAAUCCUUACAAAUGAUGGCGAUCCUAUAGUUAACGGUGGUCUCGAUUCUAAAGGACAAUUCUGUCAGGUCGACUCGCAGUACUGGAUUCCUCGUAUUCAACUAAUGUUUCUUGCUGAAGAUCCUGCUGUGUUUGCAAAGCGUGUCGCUCAAGCCUAUCACGAUAGAGAGGCUGCUGAGGCAACCAUUCGCUACAAUCUUUAUCUUGAUUGUAUGCCUGUUGAUGGACUAGCGGAAAUGAGUCGAACCACCCUGGACAGCAUCACACACCUGGCAAGAGACUCCACGCCUGGAUUGAAAGCGGCUAAAGGAUUGGAGCAGACUAUUUUAUCUCUGCAAAAAGAAAUUAUUUUUGACUAUUGGAGAACAAUGAACGAUAUAAUUCUUCGGAAAAUAUGCUCUCAGAACUUGCCAGAAUACACUUUUAUAAAGCCCCCAGAAAUAAAAAAACGAGUUUGGCGAUGGAAGGGCACUAUCGAAUUACCCAAGUUUGAGUUUAAGAAGGCCCUUGAAAACUUUGUGUUCAACACUGUGUUCACGCGCCCAGAAGCCAUUGCGGCAAGUUGCUCAGCUCAAUACGAGUGCCUUGAGGCGCGGGAAAGGUAUCUCCUCCACUUUCCUAUCUCAAAGGCUGCAAAAAUUGAAGAGUUUGAGCAAACUCAAAUGCAAAUCAUUCAACAGUCUUCUUCUUACUUGAGGACCAGUUGGAUUGAAAAUCUGCGACGUCAAAUUCGAAUGCAUUUGCGUGACACUGGAAAGGGUUGGUUCAAUAUCUACGAGACCGACUACUACGUAUACUCCAAGUCCAAGCUGAAGAAGUUUUUAGAUAGCGUCAAGUUUUGCAUGCAGGAUGCUCUUCGCUACAAUGUCAUGAGUUCAAUCAAUGGAUUUGUGAAGAUGAUAGAAGACGCUUGUAUUGACUGCCGUAAUCUCACUCCUGCGUUUGAGUGGUCAGACGAUCUGCGCAGUAGCAGUAUCUUGCCCAAACACAAUCCAAUUUUCGCUGUUGACUUGGUGAUUGAUGGGGAUGGUGUUCAUUAUAGUAACAUAUUGGGAGACUUCGACAGAUGCUGUAGACAGCUAUUUGACAAAGCUAUUGACUCCGUUCAACAUAUAUCGCAGCUAGAGAGGUUUGUCGUAGAGGGAAUCAGUUGGUCGGAUGACCCCCUAAUUGAGGCGGUCGGUGCUCACGAACCGGAGGUUGAGACUUUGAGAAAAAGACUGUACGAACUGCUACAGACCGCAUACAUUCCAAUGAAUGCUUACGCAAAACAGUACCACUCAUACAUCGAACUGUCACUCCUCGACAUACCAUCUUAUGUAAACGAUUUUCUGCGAGUGUACGAGUCGCAAAGUCUAAGCGCCUACGAUGUGAAGAACGAGGCAACAAAGCAGUUUGAGGAGGCAAGGAAUUUGGAGGCUUCGAUGCCUUUCAACAUCACCAUCGGGCCUUUCCUUGUGAACGUGGAACCACUGCGCAGUCGCCUAAUGAAGAAGCGGUUCGACAUGGCCAAGGCCAUGCUGGAUCUACUUGCCCGACAGCUCAGGAAACAGUCAGACACGUCAUGCGACGCAUUCGAAGAGAUAGCAAGAAGGCUCUAUGAGAAACCGAACACCAUAGAGGAGCUCACUGCGAUGCGUGAGUACAUGGACACCAUUCCAGAUUUGUUGGAGGAACAGAAGGAGGUGAUCGACCGGGUUGUAGCUCAUUAUGAGCUCAUCGAUGAGUUCUGCUACAACCUUAGCAACGAUGAUUUUGCCGCUAAAUGGACUACUCUCACCUGGCCCAGCAAGAUCCGCAACCUUGUGGAAGAGACAGAGUUAACUCUAGAGGAAGAUGAAGAGCGUUUCCGCAAACUCCAAAUCUCCGAUUUGGCUUCCUUCUCCGACAAAAUCGACAGUCUAACGAUGAUGGUUUCCUCUAUGGCCUCUUACACGGAUGUGAGCAAAGCACACGAAAUUGCAAAUGAAGUGCGGCGGCUUCAAAAACAACUACUAGAAGCACAACAGAGUGCCCUGCUAUAUAAUAGCCGAGAGCGACUAUUUGAUAUGCCGAUUACUAACUUCGAGAGAAUAGGUACAUUACUUAAGGACUUUGAGCCAUUCCGAGUGAUGUGGAUCGCUGUGUCGGAUUGGUUGAGAACGCAGGACGCAAUCAUGACCGACCCACUGUCGUCAAUUGAUGCAGCAGCCGUGGAAAAACAGGUCACUGAGGGCUACAAGAUUAUGCAUAAGUCGAUUCGCAUAUUUAGUGAAUUGCCUGGGGUGCAAGAAGUGGCUAGUCAGAUCAAAAUGGCGAUUGAAGAGUUUAAACCCUUCGUACCCCUUAUUAAAGCUCUUCGCAGUCCUGGAAUGCAUAGCAGGAUGUGGGAGCUCAUCAGUGAACGAACCGGCAUCUUGGUUGUGCCAAAGGCCUCUCUCACCUUUGCAAAAUGUUUGGAAAUGCGGCUUCAGGAUCACAUCGAGGUAAUAACGGAUGUAGCCGACAUAGCCAGAAAGGAGUAUGCAAUCGAAUCAGCACUAAAUAAGAUGAUGCAAGAUUGGGAAAAUGUGGUCUUUGAGGUACAACCAUACAAACAGACCGGAACUUACAUAAUCAAAGUUCGAGAAGAAAUCAACCAGCAAUUAGACGACCACAUAGUCCUUACUCAGUCAAUGAGCUUUUCUCCGUACAAGAAACAAUUUGAAGAGCGCAUCACUGCCUGGGAGACCCGUUUGCAGGUCACUCAAGAAGUUAUAGAUGAGUGGAUUAAUUGCCAGCGCAGAUGGCUAUACUUGGAGCCAAUUUUCGCCUCAGAAGACAUUUUGCGUCAGUUACCGGUAGAAGGCAAACGAUUUGCUACGAUGGAGAAGAUUUGGCGCAAGGUGAUGAAAAUCGCCCACGGUCAACCGAAUGUCAUUACUCUCUGUCCGGACAGUCGAAUCUUAAAUAACCUUCGCGAGUGCAACAACUUACUGGAACAAGUACAAAAGGGCUUGAGCGAGUACCUAGAAACAAAACGUCAGGCCUUUCCCCGAUUUUUUUUCUUGUCUGAUGAUGAACUUCUUGAGAUUCUUUCGCAGGCAAAGAAUCCUACUGCUGUACAACCGCAUCUAAAGAAGUGCUUCGAAAACAUCGCAAAGCUUCAGUUUGAGAGUGACCUUGAAAUCACAGCUAUGUAUUCCAGUGAAGGGGAAAAGAUUCCUUUUGAAAAGACUAUCCGUCCAAUUGGAAAUGUGGAGGACUGGAUGUCAGAGAUCGAAGAUAUAAUGCGCUUCUCUAUUCGUACCAUCAUUCAGCGUGCAAUAAACAAUUAUCCUGAAACUCCGCGCACUGAUUGGGUGCUUCAUUGGCCUGGUCAGGUUGUCAUUGCUGGUUGUCAAACCUAUUGGACUUCAGAGGUCACGGAGUCACUUACUCGUGCUCACUCUGGAGGACUCGUGGGGUUGCUCCCCCACCUUCUAAAUCAGUUGAAUGAACUUCGUAUCCUAGUUAAAGGAGAUUUGACGAAAAUUGCACGAAUGACACUUUCUGCGUUGAUUGUCAUCGAGGUGCAUGCUAGAGACGUGGUUGACAACAUGAUUCAGCAAGACGUCUCCUCCGUCAAUGCCUUUGAAUGGAUAAGUCAGCUUCGUUACUACUGGAUAAAUACGAGUGAGGAACUUGAAAUACGUGUUGUCAACGCCCACUUCCCCUAUGGUUACGAGUACCUCGGUAAUACUACACGACUAGUGAUUACUCCUCUGACGGACCGGUGUUAUCUUACUCUAACGGGAGCUCUGCACCUUAAUUUUGGUGGUGCUCCAUCUGGUCCAGCAGGAACGGGAAAGACAGAGACAACGAAGGAUUUGGGAAAGGCUUUUGCUGUUCAAUGUGUUGUGUUCAAUUGUUCCGAUCAACUAGAUUUCAUGGCAAUGGGCAAAUUCUUCAAAGGUUUGGCAUCAGCAGGCGCAUGGGCGUGUUUCGAUGAGUUCAAUCGCAUUGACAUCGAGGUUUUAUCUGUGGUAGCGCAGCAAAUCACGACCAUCCAAAAAGCACAAAUGCAACGCGUCGAUCGAUUCCUUUUUGAAGGCGUGGAAUUGGCUUUGAAGCCCUCUUGCGCCAUAUUUAUCACGAUGAAUCCUGGAUAUGCAGGCCGCACGGAGUUGCCCGAUAAUUUAAAAGCGCUCUUCCGACCUGUUGCGAUGAUGGUUCCCGAUUAUGCACUGAUAGCAGAAAUUUCACUCUUCUCCUUUGGCUUUGCUGAUGCUCGGGUUUUGGCUAAGAAGAUUGUUACAACUUUUAAAUUGUCCUCAGAACAGUUAAGCAGUCAAGAUCACUAUGAUUUUGGCAUGCGAGCAGUAAAAAGUGUCAUUUCCGCGGCUGGUAAUUUGAAAAGAAAUGAACCUGAUACGGAUGAGGAGCUUAUUGUUCUUCGAGCGAUUCGCGAUGUAAACCUGCCGAAAUUUCUUGAAGAUGAUCUGAAACUCUUCAACGGAAUUGUUGCUGACCUAUUCCCAAAUAUUCGUCAUCUUGUUGCAAACGAGAUUAAUUAUGAAGACCUUACAAUUGCUUUGAAAACUGCUGCUCGCAAAAUGAACCUUAAAGAUGAUCACGGCUUCCUUCACAAAUGUACUCAGUUAUUUGACACCACAGUCGUGAGGCACGGCCUUAUGAUCCUUGGUCCGACGGGGUCAGGCAAGACCAAAUGCUAUGAAGUACUAAAGGAUGCUUUGAGCUCCUUGAAGAAUCAGCCUUCUCCAGAUGGCUCUUACUUCCAAAAUGUGGUCACCUAUGUUUUAAACCCCAAGGCCAUAACAAUGGGCCAACUUUACGGCGAAUUUGACCUCAUCACUCAUGAAUGGACUGACGGUGUUUUGAGUGUACUCAUUCGGGAAGGAGUUGCAGCUGACAACCUUGACAAACGUUGGUAUGUCUUCGAUGGACCUGUCGACGCUUUGUGGAUUGAAAACAUGAACACAGUGUUAGACGAUAACAAGAAACUUUGUUUGAGCAGCGGAGAAAUAAUAAAGUUGACAGAAGCGAUGACUAUGAUGUUUGAAGUUGCUGAUUUGGCAGUUGCCUCACCGGCAACUGUAAGUCGCUGUGGCAUGGUGUACCUGGAGCCAAGUAUCCUUGGUCUUAAGCCCUUCGUAGAUUGUUGGCUUCAAAGUCUGCCUCCACCAAUUUAUCCUCAUAAGGAAAAGUUAGAACGCUUGUUUGACAUCUUCCUUGAGGACUCAAUCCGUUUUAUUCGUGAACACACAACGGAAAACAUUAGAAGCUCGGACGGUCAGCUGACGUUUAGUUUAUUGAAGCUCUAUUCCUGUUUCUACAGUCGUUUUCAAUCGAAGUCGAGCCUACUGGCGGCUUCAAAGAGAAAUGGGCAAGUUAAACGUAUUGUUUCUAGCCUAUGGAGCUCUAUUCUUUUACAGCUUGAUGUGCCCGAUGAGUUGGUUUCAAGGACUGGAGAGGUAUUUGAAUCCUGGUUCUUUUUCUCACUUGUCUGGUCGAUUGGCGCAACGUGUACCAACGAUGGCCGCAAGGCCUUUGAUGUUUACUUAAGACAAAAGAUGAAGGACGCGAAGGUAUUGUUGAUAUCAGCUUGUCUCAGAGUAUCUCAAGCAUUCAAAUCACUGAUAAAAUUAUCACUUUUGCAGUGUUAUCGACUGUUCCCUUCAGAAGGCACCGUCUAUGACUACUACUUGGAUGAAGCUGACAUUCUUAACAUGGAUAGGAAGGAAACAGACUGUGAUGAGCAAAGCCCAAAGCAAGUAAGUUUGAUUAAAUUAGCUCUACUGGUUCAAUCGAUAUUAAUCACACCUAAAAACGGCUAUUUGAAGGUUCAUUGGGAACACUGGAUGAAAAAUGUACCGUCUUAUCAAGUAGACACGAAUGCGAAGUACUCGGACAUCCUGGUCCCAACUCUUGACAGCGUUCGCCUGGUUCGAGUUAUGGAACUGCUUUUAAAGAACUCAAUUCCUGUCCUCGGUGUUGGUGCCACAGGCACAGGAAAGACGGUUUGUAUUGCAGACAAACUUUGCCGAGGGAUGCCAGAAGAAUUUAUACCGGAGUUUAUGGUGCUCAGUGCAAAGUCAUCAGCCAACCAGACGCAGGACGUGAUUGAGAGCAAAAUGGACAAACGCAGGCGUGGAGUAUACGGUCCUCCGCCAGGGAAAUAUCUCAUCUUCUUCAUUGACGACUUGAACAUGCCUGCACCGGAUAUGUUCGGUGCACAACCUCCAAUCGAGCUACUUCGCCAGUGGAUGGACUUUAGGGGGUGGUACGAUCGGAAGCAGAUUGGCGCUUUUAAACAAAUUGUUGACGUUAAUUUCUUGUGUGCUAUGUGCCCACCAGGUGGUGGUAGAAAUCCGAUUACUCAGCGUCUGCUUCGACAUUUCAACUUUUUGAGUUUCAACGAGCUUGAUGAAGCUAGCCUUUCAACAAUUUUCUCAACUAUCCUGACCAGUUGGUUCAUGCAGACACCUGAAGAGUCACCUGUUCGUUAUUUACUAGACAAAGUGAAGCCUUUAGUAAAGGCCUCCGUUUCGGUUUAUACUACUGUGCAAUCACAGCUCUUACCUACACCGGCUAAGAGUCACUAUACAUUCAAUCUCCGAGACCUUUCCAAAGUCUUUCAAGGCAUCUAUAUGUUUGAUGUUUUACAUCUUACGGGGCGUAUUACGGAUGUCUUGCGCCUUUGGUACCAUGAAUCUUGCCGUGUUUAUCAGGAUCGCCUGAUUAACGAGACAGACAGAAAUUGGUUUAAAAGUUUAUGCAUAAAGACCAUGGAGGAAUACUUUGAGGCCAAAUUUGAGGAAGUGGUGCCUUCUGAGCCAUUGCUCUACGGCGAUUUAUUGUCGGUCGAAACUGCCGACAAUAGAAAAUACAUCGAAAUGGUGGAUCACACGCAAGUGGUUCGUGUGUGUGAGUUGAAUUUAGAGGACUACAAUCAACUAUAUAGCGCCCGUAUGGACCUUGUUCUCUUCAUGGACGCCAUUAUACACUUAUGCCGCCUGUCUCGAAUUAUCCGCCAACCUCAAGGCAAUGCCCUGCUCUUGGGUCUCGGAGGUAGCGGUCGACAAAGCAUUUCGCGUCUUGCGGCCCACAUUGCUGAAUUUGAGUGCUUUCAAAUUGAACUAACAAAAAGUUACAGCACCCACGACUGGCAGGAGGAUUUGAGAAGGGUUAUGAUGCUAGCGGGUAUUGAAGACAAACAGGUUCUGUUCCUCUUUUCUGAUACACAGAUUAAGAAGGAAACUUUCUUAGAAGACCUUAAUAAUGUUCUGAAUAUUGGUGAUGUGCCAAACAUCUACGCAUUCGAAGACCUUGAAAAUAUUUAUAAUGCAAUGAAGCCAGUGGUGAAUAAUGCUGGGAUUAUGCCAACAAAAAAUAAUCUCUAUUCCACCUAUGUUAAACGUGUGCAUCGAAACCUCCACACGGUGAUUACAAUGAGUCCUCUUGGAGAAGUUUUCCGUGCCCGCCUGCGUCAAUUCCCAGCACUUGUUAGCUGCUGCACUAUCGACUGGUACGCGGAAUGGCCUGACGAGGCGCUUGAAGCAGUUGCACUGAAAAUAUUGAAAGACAUGAAAGAAUUGAAUAUCGAAGAUGAGCUUUUGGAAGGCAUUGUCAAGGUGUGUCAAAAAAUGCAUCAAUCAGCCGUUCGCAAUACGGCCCGAUACCUACAUGAAUUAGGCCGCCACAACUACGUGACACCUGCUUGUUUUCUGGAGCUACUCGCUUCGUUCGCCAAGAUGUACAACCUAAAACUGACAGAGUUGAUGAAUUUAAGAAUCCGCACUAAGACGGGUUUGGAUAAACUUCUUAGUACAGAGCAGAUUGUUGCAAAAUUACAAGAGGAACUUGAGAUUAUGCAACCACAGUUGGAGAAGGCUAUUGAGGCGUCAAAGGUGACAAUGGAAGAGAUCGCUAGGGAUUCAAAAGUUGCGGAAGAAACAACGGCAAUCGUGCAACGUGAAGAGGAAGCUGCAGAAAGAAAGACAGCUGAAUGUGCAGAGAUAAGAGAUGAUGCUCAGCGGGAUUUGGAUGAGGCACUCCCAGCAUUAUACGCCUCUUUAGACGCAGUAAAGUCGCUCAACAAGAAUGACAUCACGGAAGUUCGUGCCAUGAUGCGUCCUCCUGAGGGAGUACGCCUUGUCAUGGAGGCCGUUUGUAUAAUGAAGGACGUGAAGCCAAAAAAGGUGGCUGGUGACAAACCAGGCGUCAAGGUGGAUGACUAUUGGGAACCUAGCAAGACUCUACUCCAGGAUCCCGGGAAAUUCUUGGAAUCUCUCCUCAACUUUGACCGCGACAACAUCCCUGAUGCCAUUAUUGCCAAAAUUCAGCCCUAUGUAGAAUCUGAGGCCUUUACACCCCAAGCAAUUGCCAAAGUCAGCAAGGCCUGCACGAGCAUUUGUCUCUGGGUGCGAGCGAUGCAUAAGUACCACAACGUAGCUAAAAUGGUAGCUCCCAAGAGAGCAGCGAUGAGGGCGGCUGAGGAUGACUUAAAGGAGACCGAAUAUGUGCUUCAAGAAGCACGCACUCGUCUCCAGUCAUGCAAAGACCGAAUCGCCAGCCUGCAAGUAAAGUAUGAUGAGUGUAUGCGAAGGCAGCAGGAGCUUGAAGAUAAGAGCAACCUCUGUGAGGCACGUUUACUGCGUGCUGACAAACUGAUUGGGGGCUUGAGUAGCGAGAAAGGUCGGUGGAUGGACUCUAUUGUGGAGGUGGAGGGCUUGAUUGAAAAUCUCAUUGGGAAUGUACUCUGCUCUUCGGGGAUAGUGGCGUACUUGGGCCCCUUCAAUGGUGACUACAGAAACGAAAUGUACAAUGAGUGGGUUAAAUGUAUGAAAGAAUACAAGGUGCCUCACACAUCUUCUCCAAAUUUGGUUAACACUUUUGGAGAUCCCGUUAAAAUUCGCAAUUGGCACAUAUUUGGGUUACCGAAAGAUAGUCUUUCAGUUGAAAAUGCAGUGAUAGUUCAGUUCUCUCGCCGUUGGCCGCUGUUUGUUGAUCCACAAGGUCAGGCAAAUCGGUGGAUAAAAGCAUUGGAAGGAGAUGAGGGUCUUGAGGUUGUCAAAACCUCCGAAAAAGAUUUUUUGCGUACUAUUGAGAACUCAAUCCGAUUUGGCAGACCUGUCCUCUUAGAAAAUGUGGGUGAAGAACUUGAUCCUGCUCUCGACCCGAUCAUAAUGAGACAGACUUACUCUCAACAAGGUGUCCUUGUCAUUAAAAUGGGUGACAACGUGAUUCCUUACAAUCAAGACUUUCGCUUCUACCUAACCACCAAGUUACCAAAUCCUCAUUACUCGCCGGAGAAUUCCGCACGAAUGGGAAUAGUUAACUUCACAUUAGCUCCAAAAGGUCUGGAGGAUCAGCUUCUUGGCUUGGUUGUGGCAGAAGAGCGCCCUGAUUUAGAAGAAGCAAAGGGUCAGCUUAUAGUCAGCAAUGCCAAAAUGAAGCAGGAGCUUAAGGAGAUUGAAGACCACAUUUUGGAGAAAUUGAGUUCAUCCGAGGGUUCGCCGGUUGAUGAUGUUGACCUCAUUAGCACACUCGAAGCCUCAAAGAUGAAAUCUUCAGAGAUACGUACCAAAGUUGUUGUAGCAGAACAAACCGAAAGGGACAUAGACGAAACUCGGAGCAUGUAUAUUCCGGUUGCCAUUCGUGGUAGAAUCCUCUUUUUCUGCGUUGCUUCAUUACGCAAAAUUGAUCGAAUGUAUCAGUAUUCCCUGGAGUGGUUCAUCAACAUUUUUGUAAAAGGAAUCAUCGAUGCAGAAAAAGCAUCAACCGUCACAGAGCGCAUAGAAAGCAUAAACAAUUAUAUUACAUUCUCCUUGUAUGCCAAUGUCUGUAGAAGCCUUUUCGAGCGUCAUAAAUUGCUUUUCUCCUUCUUGAUAACCAUCAAAAUUCUCGAAGAGGAGAAUUUAAUCGAUCCGGGGGAAUGGAGGUAUCUCCUAUCUGGCAGUUCAGUUACAAAAAGAGACCUUCCUAACCCAGCUCCAGAAUGGAUAUCGGAUCGCAUGUGGGGAGAUCUUCUGGCGCUUGAUACUCUACCAAAUUUUGAAGGUCUUUGCCUAUUCAUAGUUCAGAAUUUAAAUGACUUCAAGGAAGUCUUCGAUUCACCAGAACCUCACCGCCGUCCCUUAAAAGAUAAUUGGGGUGAAAAGUUAGACAGUUUUCAACGACUGCUCUUUUUGCGCUGUUUCCGGCCUGACAAAGUCACCAACGCAAUGCAAGACUUUGUCGCACACCACCUUGGCCAAAACUUCAUCGAACCUCAGAACACCAGCCUUAAAGAAAUUUUUAAAGAGAGCUCACCUACAACCCCUAUUAUCUUCAUCCUCUCACAGGGCACUGAUCCAGCUUCAGACCUUUACAAGUUUGCGGAAGAAAUGAAUUUCGGUGGCAAGCGAUUGUCAGCCAUAUCACUGGGUCAGGGUCAAGGACCACGAGCAGAGGAGAUGAUGCAAGCGGCCAUGGAGCGUGGGAUGUGGGUUUUCUUCCAGAAUUGUCACUUAGCGCCUUCGUGGAUGCCAUCUUUGGAACGCCUUGUGGAACAGAUUGACAAGGAUCGGGUCAGCAAAGACUUUCGUUUGUGGCUCACCAGUAUGCCCAGUUCCAGUUUUCCUGUCUACAUCCUACAGAACGGUUCAAAGUUGACCAUCGAACCACCAAGAGGAAUUAAGGCCAAUCUCCUCAGAACUUACCUUUCGCUUAGUGAUAAGCAAUUGAGUAGUGUUCCUAGAAAGAAUGCGAAUUUCAAGUCUCUCCUUCUGGCGCUUUCGUUCUUCCAUGCCAUUUGCAUCGAGAGAAGGAAGUUUGGACCAUUAGGUUUCAACAUCCCUUAUGAAUUCACAACUGGUGACAUGAAGAUCUGCAUGGAUCAACUCAUCAUGUUCCUCACUGAGUACGAUAAAAUUCCAUACAAGAUUUUGCAAUACACUGCUGGUCAAAUCAACUAUGGUGGGCGCGUGACCGAUGACUGGGAUCGUCGGUGCCUGAUGAGCAUCCUCUCUGACUUCUACAAUGCCUCCUCCCUUGAUGCAGAUCAUGUAUAUUCUGAAUCAGGCAUUUACAAGCAAAUAAGUGGUGAUUCGGACCACAACAGUUACUUAAGAUAUAUUCAGUCUUUGCCAAUAAAUGACCUCCCUGAGAUAUUUGGUCUACACGAAAACGCAAACAUUACGUUUGCACAGAACGAGACCUUCCAGUUGUUGGCAGACUUGGUCCUCCUACAGCCGAGAACAUCUUACUCCUCCAAAGGAGGCAAAGCACAUGAGGAUAUUAUUGAAGAGAUAGCCACGCAACUUAUAAAGGACUGUCCUUCAUUGUUGGACGAAGUUGCCAUUGUCAAGAGGUACCCUAUACUCUAUGAGCAGUCCAUGAAUACUGUUCUAAUUCAAGAGGUUACUAGGUUCAAUAACCUUCUAACUGAAAUUCAAUCAAGUUUGCAAGAACUCAUCAAGGCAGUUAAGGGCUUGGUAGUGAUGUCGGCUGUACUUGAAGCCAUGGCCACAUCCUUAUUUAAUAAUCAAGUUCCCGAAUUAUGGAAUGCAAAGGCAUAUCCUAGUUUACAACCCCUUGGCGCCUGGAUGAAGGAUCUGACAGAAAGAAUUGGCAACCUAAAGGCCUGGUAUGACCAUGGUACACCUAUAGUGUUUUGGAUCAGCGGGUUCUUCUUUCCGCAAGCCUUCCUCACCGGUCAGCUGCAAAACUUUGCCCGCAAGUACUCACAAUCGGUGGAUACUGUCAGUUUUAAUUUCAAAGUAAUAGGAGAAGAUAUGGCAGGUCUCCAUCAAUCUCCUGCUGACGGUUGCUACAUUCACGGCCUCUAUCUGGAGGGUUGCGGGUGGAAUGGAUCAGAUAAGUGUUUGAUAGAAUCCAGACCAAGGGAACUCUACACGCUUAUGCCCAUCAUCUGGCUGAUUCCGGAGGCAAAUCGACGGAAACCCGAGAAAGGAAUUUAUGAAUGUCCAGUAUAUAAAACACUCUCUCGGUCUGGUACCUUAUCGACCACUGGAAUGUCAACGAAUUUUGUCUUUGCAAUCGAGGUUCCCAGCACGGAACCUCAGAGCCAUUGGAUUAAGCGGGGUGUGGCUCUCUUUUGUGCUUUGGAUUUCUAA